CAGGGUGGGAGACACACAUAGAGGCAAAGGAAGAGAAGUGUUGCAAGGCAGGCCAGCAGAAGUUGGAUGAGAAAAUAAUAGAGGAACGUGGGAAAGAAGAGUGUUCAAGAGUCGUGUUUGCAAAUGAGCGACAGGUCAUGUCUGUAAACAUGUGACAGGAGGGAACUCAAUUUGAAGAAAAGGAAACAGCUGGGAAGUCAGAAAAGAAAAGAGAAACUGAGUGAGAGAGAGUAAGUUAGUUAACAUUACCAGCUGUCAAAGUUGUAAGGAAGGACAGGAUAGAGGGAGGACAGGGUAAAGGACAGUAAAAGAAGAGAGAGAUCAUACAGCUGAUAGAGAACUGUCCGUCGGCACCAUGGGCAAAUCAGCCUCCAAGCAGUUUUCUGAGGAGGUGUUGGCGAGCCAUAAUGAUUACCGGAGGAAGCACCAGGCACCCCCUCUGAAGCUGAGCAGGAAGCUGAGCAGAGAGGCCUCUCGCUAUGCAGAGAGUCUGGCCAGCACACGGAUCCUGAAGCACAGCGUGGAGUCCAGCAGAGGGAGCUGUGGAGAGAAUCUGGCCUGGGCCUCUUACGACCAGCCAGGGAAGGACGUGGCAGAUCGUUGGUAUGAUGAGGUGAAACAGUACAAUUUCAACAGGCCUGGAUUUUCUUCUGGUACUGGUCAUUUCACAGCCAUGGUCUGGAAGGCCACCAAGAAGCUGGGUGUGGGAAAGGCCAUAGCAUCUGACGGCUCUUCCUUUGUGGUGGCCAGGUACUUCCCAGCUGGUAACAUCACCAACCAGGGACACUUUGAGAGUAACGUACUUCCUGCCAAGACUUGAUCAGCCUCUCCCCUCAUCCCUCGUCUUCUGCCCCACCCCUCCCCCUGAACUGACAGUAGUUGUUGACCCGGAGACUUGUUCUGUGGCAGAUAUGGACUCCUUCCAUCAGCAUCGUCCUCCCACUCAAUCUGCUGUUUAAAAGGACUGUUAUCCAACACUGACACAAGACCCCCCGUCUCGUUUGAGAAUCUGAUCAACCUAACAUGUGACUGCCCUAACAGAAGACAUUCUCCUCAGAACAUCUAUCUCAGAAUGCCUCUGUCAAAAACCAUCCCAGACUCAGGACCAGCUCCACCCACCCCUCCACCUCCCCCCCUGCCAUUCUUCAUCACAGCCUCAUCAAUGCAAUUUAUACCUGCUUCAAAAACAUUGUACUCAUUGGUUUAAUACAUUAUCCUCAUUCAGUUGUAUCUGUGUGAACACCAUGGAAAUGUCAGAUGAAAAACAUGUGAAAGACAAGAUGAAACAACCUAACCUAAACCUAUCAAAAUGGACAUGUGUGUGUUUUAGUACAUUCUAACUAGAUUUUAUGAAAUAAAAGUGACUUUCUGCAAAUCAGAUCAAAUCAAAAUGUAUU